UUGCGUUUCCAACUGUCAUCGUGCACAUUUCGUUUGUUUUGUUUCUGCUGGAAAUGUCUGCAACACCAGACCGGCAAAGUGUACCUUUAUCGAGGGUGAAAUCGCCACGAACACCAACUUCUCCCGGAAAUGUAGCAUCCCUUAGAAUAGAAGAAACUGUUUCUAGCAUUGUGGAGUACCAUCGCAAAUGGGUACAAGCGAUAGAAAAGGGCACGUUGUAUUGCAAUGCGAUUAAACGAAUCAGAAAAGAUGACCAACAACAACCAUCAUCGUUAGAGGAUCCUUAUCCGGAAAAUGUUCAACUGUACUGCAAAAAUCUAAUGGUAAUGGUUUCGAUUAUGGAAGAUAUAGCAGCAAACGCUUCUACGAUGGUGCAGCAAGUAAAAUCUCUCAAGGAGUUCUUUUCGGAUUGUGACACCAUUGGAUGCACAUGGAACUAUCGACAAGUUUUGAAGGGCAUUGAAAAAAUCUUAGCGUCUUACAAAAGAGAGAUUAUUUUCCGCAAAUAUAUUGCAGAAAAUGUUGGACACUCAUAUACGCUAGACCAACUGUUUCUACUCGUUACCAGCUGGAAUCAUUGUUCGGAUAUUGAUCGAGAUAGAGAACUACUUAUCACAAUGAUGAAAUUUGAAUUUCAGUUACCGUCGUGAGAAGAAAUAGUGUCACUAUCGCUGAUUGUAAGUUAUGUUCUAUAAUACCCAGUACAUACUGAUACGUCGCUGAAGCGAAAAAACAAUGGGAGUUAUCAUAUCGGCUAUCUUUAUUUGCUUAUAGUACUAUUAUCACAAAAAUAAGACCAUAUUUAGGGCAGCAUUAUUCCAUGAUAACAUCCACGUUCAGUUGCCCACAAUCGUUUGGUUUAUUUUCAUGCGCUCGUAUUGAGUGCGAUCGGUAAUGUAAGUGAGGUUCCGUAACUAACAUUCCUAGGGCUUCGCAUAAAUCCUGUCUAAACGCUAGAUUCGCGAGUACCGAAAAAAUAGGAAUUCUUAACUGCACUUGAAGAUAUAGUCUCCUUGCGAACAUCAUCUGCAUCGAAUAUGGCAUCGCUAAUACUGUACAGCUUCAUUUGAGGGUUGCAGAUGUCAACGUCCUUUUAAUUCCUCUGUUUCAUGCGUACUGGAUGCGGUAGCUUACAAUUUAAGAAUACGAACACAGCCAUAAUUGUUGUGUCUGGGUAAGCCUUUUCCGAUUUGCGAAUGCGGGAAAGCACUUGCUAGACAUUGUAGACAGUUCGUCGUUGCUUUGAAGGAGAAAGUAAAGAAUUUUCAUUGAAUUAGUUCGUUCGAUGAGACGUUUGCUCAUCGGCUGUACUGCUGGCAGGUUGCGCUAAGUAAGGAGGAGGUUUCUCGGAACACACUUUUUCAUCGAUAAAGGCCAUAGAACUAUCUACUAUUUGGCUAACACUACUGCUGGAAACAUCUACAACACUGGUACCGUUGUUCAGUGUUUGGGAUGAACUAGGAUGUGCUGUAGGAAGAUAAUUGGUAUUCGAAUUACUGCUGCUGGUUAUAUUCGAUCCUUUUGAUAAUCGUAACAGAGCGGCCGGAUCUAGCUUUAUUGCAUCAUCGUAGCUCGGUGGAGCUGCUGCCACUGUAUCGUAAUCUGGUGGUUUUUCACGUCGUCGUUCUUCAGUUGUACUUAUCACAUGUACAGGAUCGUCACCCUGCAAAAAAGGCAAAUGAAUUAGAGUUAGUUGCUAUCAUGCAUUCAUGUGGUGUUUAAACGUAGGCAGUGCAACGAACAUACCUCAUCACCAUUUGCACCAGAACGACCAGGUGUGUGUAGCCAACAACACAUUGCAGUACAUAUUAGGCAGGCACCUGCUACAAGGUAUUAAUGUAAGAAGGACAGAAUGAAAAGAAAACGAAAGUAUGAUUAGCUAGGACGUAGCUAAACGUAGUUGAUGCAGCCAACUUACCUAAGAUACAAGCAACUCCGGCGUAUCGUACUGGUUCGGAAUAAUUUUCUGCUAAUCCUAACCAAUUCACUAAUGCGCCAACACAGAGCAACAUCAUUCCAUAGCGAUAUGGUCGCUGGGUACGACGUGUUUCCUCCAAGGACAUUACUGUAAAUAAAGGGAGAGAAGAUUAUAAAUUAA